AUGUUCUUCACCACGGUCUUAGCCGCCUUCGUGGUUGGCGCCAGUGCAGCUAGACAGCAGAGCACAUUCGCGGUGCUGCGUCAUCGUGGUGGUGGGCCCCUGACGACUUGCCGGGCUGACCCCAUUGUCUCCCCUGGCGGCCCUUCAGCUCAUGUACACACAGUCAUGGGCGCCAGCAACUUUGGUUUCAACUCAACCGGCGAGUCACUGCUUCAGUCUCGUUGCACUACGGCUCUGGUUCCAGGCGACAUGAGUGCCUACUGGUUUCCAUCCCUUUACUUCAAGGACCCCAAGACAGGACUUCUUGAGCUGGUUCCCUUCUUCUAUAUGAACGUCUACUACUUCUUCGAAGCAACUAACGAUGAUCUAAAAGCAUUCCCUCUGGGCCUGCAUAUGGUUAGCGGCAACGCUCAGCUUCGAACGGCUCCCGCGAAGACCGGUGCAUUGCAGCUAGAUCCAUCGAAGGGCCCAGUUCAGCCUGUUCAGAUUACCUGCCCGCGUCUCGAUCCCAGCUUCAAUCCUCCCAACUGGCCCGCUGAUUCCGAUGGGUCGUCUGCAGGCAUUGGAGACCCUAUCAACAAGGGCGCCGGCAUUGGCUUCCCUUUCCAGGACUGUGACGGCUAUGCUUCGCCACUGCGUGUGGAUGUUCACUUCCCGUCAUGCUACAAUCCUAACGCCGGCCUGACCAACUACCGUGAGAACAUGGCCUUCCCGACUCCUACGGCAGACGGCAAGGUUGACUGCCCGAAGGGUUGGAUUCACGUACCGCACCUCUUCUAUGAGGCCUACUGGGACACGCAUUCGCUGCGGGAUCGCUUCGCUGAGUUGAUCGGCAAAGAGAGCCCCUGGGUCUUCGCCAACGGUGACGUUACUGGCUUCUCGGCUCACGGCGAUUUUAUCUCUGGUUGGGACGAGGCGUUGCUGCAGGAGAUCAUUGAUGAGCAGUGCAACACAGGCCAUGCCGGUCUUCACGCGUGUAACGCAGUGCUGAAGAGGUGGGAAAACCCCGAGGCGGUAUUUGGAGAAUGCCACGCCGAGUGCCCUGUCAAUGAGGAUGUCAAGGGUCCGAUGGAGAAGCUCCCUGGCAACAAUCCUUUGGCUGGAUGGAAGUAUGGAACAGGUACUCCGGCUCCUCCUCCUACCUACGCACCGGCACCGGCCCCUUCUUCGUCUACCCUCGAGCCUUCACCGGCUCCGAACCAGGGCAACUCUCAGCCUCAGCCCAAGCCCGAGCCAGAGCCAGAGCCCGAGCCAGAGCCAGAGCCCGAGCCAGAGCCCGAGCCAGAGCCCGAGCCAGAGCCCGAGCCUGAGGAAGAAGUUAAGGUAGAGGAGCCCCAGGCGCCCACCUCGUCCACCGUGGCCCCUACCCUUCCUGAGCCGACCAUUGUCACCCCCGAGGCCCCAGGCACCACUCUGCAGACGACUACAACUUCUCGCGCCCUGCGUACAAAAUAUGUCUACAAAACGACGACUGUAUACGUCACGACCACGUGCUACCUCGACACCCUCGAGCCGACUGCUGCUCCCAAGGCUAAGCGUGAUGCUCAGGAGGAGCUUCACGGUCUAUCCGGGUUGGAUUUGGAGCAUCACUUGGCUAAGCAUCAGCAUCGGAAGCAUGGAAGUUUGGAUCGUAGGCAUGGGCAUGGUCAUGCCACGAGGAGAGGUGCUAAGCUAAGGAGGUAA